GAGAGAGAGAGAGAGAGAGAGAGAGGGGGAGAGAGGAGUGCGGCUGAAUGUGAACGACAUGUCGACAGUCAGCCUCUAAAGUGUUUUCUCGGUCGUUCCCUAAUUCUUUGGCGGCGGACUGAGUGAGUAUUACCCGCAUCCCUGCUCUGCUAAGCGUCGCUGUGUGGAUCAGAGGGGCUGGUGGGGAGAGACAGACAAUGAGGAAUGCAAUUGGAUUGCGUUACUCUGCCAAGGAUUUUCAUACAUAGCCUGUGCGGUGAAGGGCCGAUGCCGGGCUGUAGCCCCAGGCGGCUGAGCUGAGAGGGAGACGCAGGAGGAUGCAGUGGGCCAUUCUGGCGGUGGCCCUGGGGUGUGUGUGCCUGUCCCGGGCGUCACACACCCCCACCCCUACCCCCACCUCCACACACACCCCUCUGGUGGACAACUCCGAGGAGGAAGUGGACGAGCCGUGCUUUGAGCCAUGCACGUGUGAGGUCAAGGAAGGCGUGCUGCACGUGCACUGUGACGGGCGAAGCUUCACCAACGUCAGCCAGGUGUCACAGUCAUGGGUCCGCCCUUUCAAACUCAACCUCCAGAGGAACUCUCUGAGGCGUCUCUAUAGCAACGGGUUUCAGCACCUUGGCAACGCCGUGUCGAUAAACCUUGGCAACAAUGCACUCCAGGACAUCCGAGUGGGAGCUUUCAACGGGCUCGCCAAACUCAGACGACUGUACCUCCAUGAGAACAAGCUGGAGGUCUUCAGGAACGACACUUUCGCCGGCUUAGAAGCUCUGGAAUACCUCCAGGCUGACUACAAUGUGAUCAAACGAAUUGACAGCGGUGCUCUGAGGUUCCUCUACAAGCUGCGAGUUCUCAUCCUGAAUGACAACCUGAUCCCUGUCUUGCCUGCUCAUCUGUUCAGAUCUGUGUCUCUGACUCAUCUGGACCUGCGGGGAAACCGUCUGAAGAGCCUGGCAUAUGCUGGGACUCUGGAGUAUGUUGGCCGCUCCCUGAUGGAGCUGCAGCUGGAGGAGAAUCCCUGGAACUGUGGCUGCGAGGCAGUGCAGCUCCAGCAGUGGCUGGGUCAGAUCCCAUACACGGCCGUGGUCGGGGAUGUUACCUGCGAAUAUCCGUUCCACCUUCACGGCAAAGACCUGAGGGAAAUCCCUCGCAAAGAGCUCUGCGCUGACCUGCCGGAUAAAGAGCUACAAGGAGAGGGAGGUGGUCCGUCGCCGGGAUCACAGCCUCAGCAUAUCCCCCCGAACUCCAAACCCAACCCCCAUCCCGGGCGAGUCAGGCCGACUAAACCCUCCUCCAUGGUGCACGGCUCCCGUCAGAACACUCACACUUCCUCCACUUCAUCGUCUUCUUCCUCGGCAGAGCGGAAGGAGAGGGAGAGACACCCCAGACCGACUAAGAGGCCUCGGCCCUCCAGAAUAUCUCCGACACCGCGCAGUCUGAUGCCCAACAAUCCCCCCGUGGCCGGCUACCAAACCCGGCCCCCCAUCCCAAUCAUCUGCCCUCUGGGCUGCACCUGCAACCUGCACAUCACAGACCUGGGCCUCACGGUGAACUGCAAGGAGAACGCCUUCCUCAAUGUCUCCCAGCUCACGCCUCGGCCUCUCAACGGCCGCAAGCUCUACCUGAGUGGAAACUUAAUCCAGAGGAUCUACCGCACAGACUUCUGGAAUUUCUCCAGCCUCGACCUGCUUCACCUGGGGAACAACCGAAUCUCCUACCUGCAGGAGGGGGCCUUUUCCAGCCUGACAAGCCUGAGGAGCCUCUACCUGAAUGGCAACAACCUGGAGAGACUGAGCCCCCACAUGUUCCUGGGGCUGCAAAAUCUAAGGUACCUCUAUUUUGAGUACAAUGAAAUCCGUGAAGUCGAUCCUGGCACCUUCGACUCCAUGCCGUCUCUCCAGUUAUUGUUCCUGAAUGCCAACCUCCUGCGAAGCCUCCCCCUCGGCGUGUUCUCCAGAGUCAACCUGGCCCGCCUCAACCUGCGGAACAACCACCUUCUGCAGCUGCCGAUGGAGGGCGUGCUGGAGCACCUGACGGGACUGGUGCAGGUGGACCUGCAGCAGAACCCGUGGGAGUGCAACUGCGAGGCGGCGCCGCUGAAGCGGUGGCUGGAGGGGCUGAGCGCCGUGGUCGUGGUGGGGGAGGUGGUGUGCCACUCCCCGGAAAAGACCAAAGGCGUUGACCUGCGCUCCCUCUCCAUGGAGCUGCUCUGCCCCGAGCUGGAGCCCCAGGAGGACCAGGAGCACGAGGAGCAGACGGCGCCCUCCACCGCUGCAGAUGGAGGCGUAUCGGUCGGCUAUCCGGGCUCAGGGCUGGGACCGGUGAUCCCUCAGGGGAAGGAUUCAAUCCCUCUGUCGGUGCUGGUGCUCAGCCUGCUGGUAUUGUUUGUCUCCGCGUUCUUCGCGGCGGCGGCACUAAUCGCCUACGCCCUGAGGAGGAGGGACAAGCUGCCGUUCCGCCGCCAGGGAGAGGUAGACUUGGCCGGCAUCCAGAUGGAGUGUGGAAUUUUCACCGAGCAGACGCACCACCACCACCACCACCAUCACCACGGCCUCCCGGAGACGCCGCCGCUGCCGCCGCCCGAGCACAGCCACGUGUACGACACCAUCCUGCCCCCGGAGGCCGCGGCCAAAGGUUCCGACCCCGCCGUGGCCUCGCACAUGUGUAGCAAUCCCAUUUACAAAGACGAGCAGGACGCUGCGGUGAAGCAGCGGCCGCCGCCGCCGCAGCAGCAGACAUUUGCAGCUACGAAGGAGUGCGAGGCGGGGUACUGCUCCGCCGCAGACAAGGAGAGGGAGUGGGCUCUGGAGGUGUCCUCCUCACCCAUCAAUACUGUCACGGGAGCGAUGGGACCGCUUGCCGGCCUGCACGGGAACGGCAUCCUGUGCCCCACCGUGAUCGACAGCCAGGGCCCCACCCCGAAGGUGGAGCUGGUGGACUGCCUCUUCAGACUCCCCACUCCCGAGUUCAGAGAUCUGCCGGACAGAUACGCCAGGCCCCCGCCCCGCUACCCCCACCCCCAGGACUCCAAGCAGGACGCCAGGCCCGAUCAGACGCUCGUGGUCACCACGGCCAGCUCGGCGGCGGCGGCGGGCGGCGGCCACGGCAGCCCGAGCGAGCCGGCCGCGGGCGAGCAGAGGGCCAGACUGAGGACCACACCGGACUACAUGGAGGUGCUGGACCGCUCUUACCAGUUUUAAUGGCCCUCCUCGUUCUCCUGCCCCCCCCACUUCCUCCUCUCUCUGUCCCCCCCCCCCUUCUCUCGUCUCCUCAUCGUCUCCCUCUCCGGGGAUGAAUCAUCCAGUAACCAUGACUCCUGUACAGAGGACGGCGCGGCUCUGAGAGCAGCCUGUGGGGGAGCGGGACCACACUACACACUAUGUUUAUUCCUGGAUAACGAGCUGAGGUCAGUUUGUAUUUUCCCCACCACUGGCAUAUAGGUUGGUAUUUGGCAAGGAUUAGCUGAUCUCAGAUCUCUGCCUGGAGGCAAGAAAAAAAAAAAAAAAAAAAAAGAAAAACUUCAGCUGCAGCUACUAUGGGUUUUUUUUUUUUUUUUUUUUCCCCCUCCACAGUCUUAAAGUACCGAGGCUUGGUCUUUCUACUCCACAAUGCGCCACAAUUAGCGGAAGACAGCACCGUGGCGAUGGUGAUUGUGGGCGGUAAUGUUAUGUUAUCGCUCGCAAAAGACCUACGUGGAGGUGAAACACACCAGCUCUUUGCAAACAUCAAACACAGAGUCAUAAACUGUGACAGUCGGAAGGUUGUGGAGCGAGCUGGGCGCACUGCAUUAACGCCGAGGACCGGCAGAGACGCAGCGGGAAGAAGAGGAGUAACCGAAAACAGCCAAGUGCCUUAGCAAUGAACAGCCAGCAGCGUGGUCAAUGCUUAUUUUUCUAUGAAUACAGAUCUAUUUAUCUAAACAAAGAGGUUUGACUACCAAUGGAUGGGACGCUGAUGGACGACUGAGACUAAAACCAAUCGAAAAAACCCGCCGAAUAAUUGCAUUCCCUGGAUGAGCCAAAAAUAAUAAUAUACCCCGUCAAUACCGGAGUUGUUUGUAUGCAGUUCUGUUCAUUUACAUCAUCUCAUCCAGUUAACAUAAUUUGCUUAUCCGGUUGAAU